AUGUCCUUCCCAACACCAACUUGGGAUACUCCUUUUGGAAUUAAAUUAUGGCCAUUAUUUAAUUCACUUAUUUCAACUAUAACUAAUAAUUAUUUUAUUCCAUCAAAUUUUAAAUUUAUUGAAGGUAUUACUCCUUUAUCAACUUUUCAACCAGUUGCUUUAGCUAUAUUAACUUAUUAUAUUAUUAUAUUUGGUGGUAAUUAUAUUUUUAAAAAAUUUAAUAUUAAACCUUUUAUACUAAAUGGUUUAUUUCAAAUUCAUAAUAUUAUUUUAACUACUAUAUCAUUUACUUUAUUAAUUUUAAUGAUUGAACAAUUAAUUCCAAUGAUUCAUUAUAAUGGUUUAUUUUUUGCAAUUUGUUCAACAAAAGCAUGGACUCAACCAUUAGUUUGUUUAUAUUAUUUAAAUUAUUUAACAAAAUUUGUUGAAUUUAUUGAUACAUUAUUUUUAGUUAUUAAACAAAAAAAAUUAACUUUUUUACAUACUUAUCAUCAUGGUGCAACUGCUUUAUUAUGUUAUACUCAAUUAAUUGGUGAUACUUCUAUUUCAUGGGUACCAAUUUCUUUAAAUUUAGGAGUUCAUGUUAUAAUGUAUUGGUAUUAUUUUUUAGCAGCAAGAGGUAUUAGAGUUUGGUGGAAAGAAUGGGUUACAAGAUUUCAAAUUAUUCAAUUUAUUUUGGAUUUAGGAUUUGUUUAUUUUGCAACUUAUCAAAAAUUAAUUUAUAAUUUUUUUAAUAAUUAUAUUGAUGUUUUACCAUUUUGUGGAGAUUGUGCUGGUAAAUUGAUGUCAGCUUAUUCAGGUUGUGCUAUAUUAUCAUCAUAUUUGGUUUUAUUUAUUGCUUUUUAUAUUGAUGUUUAUAGAAGAAAAUCUUCAAAAAAAUCAAAAAUUGUUAAAUCAGUUAAAGGUGGUGUUGCUGCUCAAGUUAAUGAAUAUGUUUAUGUUACUGGUAGAGAAGCAACUCCUAUUCCAGAAGUACAACAACAAAAACAAGUACGUUCCAGAAAAGCUUAA